UCUGUCUACAGUCAAGACUCUGGAGCCUUUGCUGGAGAAGCCCUUUCUCUUCUUCGCUCCAAUUUCUCUCUCUUUCUUGUGGCCGAUUGCCUCUGAAUACCCAUUUUCACAGGUUUUUUAGUUACGAGUCCAAUUAAUUUUUCCUUUUUGUUUCGUUUUUUGCUUAAAAUUUAUUUUUAUUUUAUUUUAUUUUUUUGGUAUCUUGGUUUAGUCCGGAUUUACAUAUUGUGCAAUGUUUUCUAUGAUUAAACUCCUUUUGAGGCUUGAAUGAGAAGAAAGAUUUGAUUUUUGGAUAAGAGAGUUGAUUAUGAAUGCUCUAUGAUGUGUUGUAUGAUGAUGGCGAUGUCUUUUGACCACUGAAAAGAUAAAAUAAGAAAAAGUGAAAAGAGAGAGAGAGAAAAUAGAAGACACACACCCUUCUUUGAAACAGAAAAUUUUUGGCUGUUUUUAUCAUUGGAAAGCGAUAUAGAGGGAGUUCAAUUUUCCUUCUCUCUUCAUCUUUUCUCACACCUCAUGUGCGCCAGUCGUGGGUCUCUUCAAAGUCUGUAAAUUGCAUAUUUCAAUAAUUCGGUAGUUUUCGCCCAAGAUGCCUACGUUUCGUCCUUCAAAGAGGGAAGGGCUUGGGUUUGACAGUGGCAGUAAUGGGCAUGUUCUAGAUCUAGAAACUGCUGUGAAAGAUGGAGUCUUGGGUGGAGGUGGAGUUGUGGGUAUUGUUGGAGGGCUUGGAGAGAAGUUGGAUCUGAAGAAACUGAUUGAAGAGCUAAAUCUAUCUGAAGUUCCGUCAGUGUUCAUUUGCCCUAUUUCUCUGGAGACGAUGCAAGACCCGGUUACCCUUUGUACCGGGCAAACCUAUGAGAGGUCCAACAUUCUCAAAUGGUUUAAUUUGGGGCAUUAUACUUGCCCUACUACCAUGCAAGAACUUUGGGAUGAUACUGUCACGCCUAACAGGACCCUUUACCAUUUGAUCUAUACUUGGUUUUCGCAGAAGUAUGUGCAAAUGAAGAAAAGAUCUGAAGAUGCACAUGGAAGGGCAUCAGAGCUAGUUGAUACCCUGAAGAAGGUAAAGGGCCAGGCUAGAAUUCAAGCCCUCAAGGAGCUGCAACAAGUUGCAGCUUCUCAUUCGACUGCUAGGAAGGCAGUGGUCGAUGAAGGUGGGGUGGCUCUUCUGUCUUCUUUGCUUGGUCCGUUUACUUCCUACGCUGUAGGUUCAGAAACUAUUGCCAUUCUUGUGAACUUAUCUCUAAAUUCUGAAUCAAAAAUGAAUUUGAUGCAACCUGCAAAGGUGUCAUCAAUUAUAGAUAUUUUGAAUGAAGGAUCCAUUGAAACAAAAGUCAAUUGUGUUAAGUUGAUUGAAACAUUAAUGGAGGGGGAAGAUUUUAGAACAGAAAUUGUAUCAAGCCAUAGCUUGUUGGUUGCUUUGAUGAGGCUAGUGAGGGAUAAGAAACACCCUAAUGGACAUUUGCCUGGGCUUGGUCUUCUCAAAUUGAUUUGCGUACAUAAGGAAGUUAGGAGUUUGAUUGUGAGUGUUGGAGCUAUCCCUCAGUUGGUGGAAUUGUUAUCUGGAUUAAAUCCAGAAUGUUUGGAAAUAGCCCUUUUCAUUUUGGAUAUCUUGUCCUCUGUGCCUGCAGGGAGACAAGCUUUGAAGGAUUGUUCCCACACUAUACCUAGUAUGGUCAAACUACUUAUGAGAAUUUCAGAAAGCUGUACAACAUAUGCACUUUCAAUCUUGUUGUCCAUAUGCAAACUUUCCCCCCAGGAAUGCUCAUUAAUAGCUGUUGAUAGGGGUGUUGCAGCGAAGCUUCUUCUUGUCAUCCAGAGUGGUUGCAGUCCUGUUCUGAAGCAGCAGGCAGCUGAGCUUUUGAAGCUCUGUAGUCUGAAUUAUUCGGAUACUAUCUUCAUUUCAAAAUGCAAACUGACCAGAACGAUCCAAUGAAAACCAAAUCAUACUUCUCUCAUGCACUUUGCUGGUUUGACGCAAAUUUGGUGUGGCGAUGGAAAUCUAUUGAUUACUUCUAUCUGAUUUGACAUACAUGGAGAUCUGUAUUGUAUGUAAAUGUAAGCAUGCCUUGAGCUGAACUUCCCCAAUAAGCACUUUAAAUAGGAGAUGGUUUAGAAACCUCGCUCCCAGAAGGUUUCAUUUUGUAAAGGUAUAAAGAAAUAGUGCAAAUUGAUUGUGUAUAAUGGAGCUCUCAAUAGCAAUUGUAAUUGGUCAGCAAUUGUUUUGCUCCGUGAAUCUCUUUUAAUUCUCCUAUUCUUGGGGAUUCGAGAUUCUCCAGUUUUCCUAGGCAACUUUGUAGAAGUUUAGUAUUGGCCUUAGUGUCUAGAUAUCCAUUCAAUAUGUACAGGCAAUCACAGAUUUUCUGUUCAUUGUGAUGUUACUUUGCAAAACGCCUUUUUGGGCAUAUUAUUUGAUCCUAUGCAUGGUUCUGUAUAUUAUCCAGUUGUGUUCUCGCACGAAUCACUCUAAAUGAGCUACCGAUGCCAUUUUUCGAGUACA